CCGUCUUCGGUUAGACCUUACAAAGCUGCUCAGGGCCACGCCUUCCUGUUUACAAAUCUGGAUACCUCAACGACCCCGAACCAUGUCCUGACGACGGCAUCCCGUGGUCGGCCUCCGACCCUGGGAGACGGCUGGCGAAGGCAGAAGAUUCUUCUGGUACUCGGUGUCCUGGUAGUGGUGCUCCCCGUCUCGCAAUGCUCCCCAGCUCAAGUUGAGAUGCGGGGCUGCAUCGAACUCCAAAGCAAGGAGUUUCCGGGCGACCUGUUCACGGCAGAGCAACGUCAACAAGGAUGGGUGGCGGUGCACAUCGUGGGGACGCUCUACGCCUUGGCGCUCCUGGCCACUGUCUGCCAAAAGUACUUCGUCCCGUCCCUGGAAGUCAUGGCCGACUACUUCCAAGUUCCCACCGACGUCGCUGGAGCCACGUUCAUGGCAAUGGGAACAUCGGCACCAGAGCUGUUUUCCUCCGUCUUUGGUUCCUUCGUCAGCGAAGGAGACAUUGGCGUGAGCACAGUGGUCGGGUCGGCGGUCUUCAACAUUGUCGGAGUCACCGGAAUCAUUGGAGUCCUCGUCUGGAAAAAAACAGUGAACAUCAGCUGGUACCCCGUGACGAGAGACUGCUUGAUGUUUGCCGCGACAGUUCUAACCCUGGUGAUAUUUAUCUGGGACAACAGCGUCAAGUGGUGGGAAGCUCUAAUUAUGCUAAUCAUGUUCAUCAUGUACAUAACCUUCAUGUCGUUUAACUCCUCGGUUUCCCUGUGGUCGCAAAAUAAAGUUCGCAAGAUGAAAUUUUCAAGCCGCCUGAAGCAGAUUAAUCCUGCGCCACUCGAUAAAGACGAGAGCUCUCCUCUAAUAUCCGGAAAACAACCCCUAUUUGACGAAGAAGCAAUGGAAACUCCCCAAAGUUCUGGUCCAAGCAGCCUCGAAGAUUCUACAGAAGCUGAGAAAGAAGUGCUCCUAAUGAGUGGUCAUGUGAGAAAACUGGAAAGCCAGGUAAUCGACGUUUGGACCGUGCCUGAAGGAAGCGCCGUGUACCGCAUCAUCUGGGUGUUGAUCUGGCCCGGUCUUCUCCUGAUGGCGCUCACCAUCCCCGACUGCCGACAGAGCCACCUGCGUGCCUGGUUUCCACUUACCUUUCUCAUGGCCAUCGUCUGGACCGGAGGGCUCUCCUACGUUAGCGUGUGGAUGGUCACCGUCAUUGGGGACACGUUUGGUAUUCCCGACACUAUAUCAGGAAUCACACUGCUUGCCGUGGGAACGAGCAUGCCGGAAGCAAUAUCAAGCAUCAUUGUGGCGAAGCACGGUCUGGGCAACAUGGCAAUCUGCAAUCUUCUGGGGAGCAACGUAUUCGACAUCCUGUUCUGCCUGGGCGCUCCUUGGCUAGUCAAGGCGGCCUUCUUCUCUGCCGAGCACAAAGUGUUCUUCGACAGCGCUGGAGUUAGCUUCAACGCCGCCGUCUUGUUGACCCUCGUAGUCGUCCUUUACUUGUCGCUACUUGGCUUCCGUUGGGAACUGGACUACAAAAUCGGAAUCCUCUGUCUGCUUCUUUACUCGUCGUAUAUCGUCGUGGCGUGCCUUUACGAGAUGAAUGUCUUCGGGGAUGUCAAUCCUUUUGUAUGUUCCUGAAUUGAAUGCACGGAGUGUGCAUUCAAUUCCUUGUGCCCCGAUAGCGGGUAACUUGAAAAAUAAUUCCGUGGGGACAAUAAGAACGUGAUUUAUUUGUA